AAGGAGGUCGAUGGUACGAAAGAGGAAAGAGCGAGGAGUGGAUGAAAGGAGUAAGGAGGGGAUGAGUGAGACCGAAAACAGUAGGUAGACGUUGUCCUUGGUCUCUCUGUGUGUGGGGGAGGGGGGGAGAUGGAGUGUGCUUAGGUAGAUUCUGGCCGGCGCUGGCGAUGGAGAUGCUGUCGAUGUUGAUGUUGUUGCUGCUGCUGCGUCUGUCCGCCAAUUGCCGUGGCUGGGCCUCGGACUUGAUCGGUGGCGUGUGUGUGUCUCCCCCCCUUGUGCUCCCAUGCCUGGGCUGUCUGUGCCAUCGUUGCUCAAAGUCUCCGUGCCUUCUCUGCUGCUCCUGUUGCUGGUGAGGUGCUGCUGCUGCUGCUUGCCUGCUCCUCGCCUGACGCAGGGCAUCUGCCUCUCGCUUGCCCGGCCGAUCAAAGGACUUCUCCGACGUGAGCUGCGUGCCCUACCGGGUGCACUUCAUUUCCCACGCAUGCCCAAGCCCUCAAGAUGUUGCACUGAUCUUCUACCCCGCGUAUCCCGCUGCCGCUCGCCCACCCGCCCGCACGCCUGCAACACCAUGCGCGCGCCUCCCUCUCUUCUCCCCCCAAAGGUUCUAGCCACCGCCAAGGUCCAGAGAGACAAAGAGCAACAUCCAGUCUGUGCAAGCUUGUGCGUGCGGAGCAAAGAUCCAAAUGGCCUCUUUACCGAUAGCCCACGUAGCCCUUCAAAGGUGCAAAGAGUAAAUUUAAAGUUUCCCGGAGCAAAAGCCUCUUUCUCCCAACUACCCGGCCGGCUGAGGAAGCUCUUGAGGGCGGGUAGACGGGAUUGCGCCGGUCUCAACUUUGACUGAGACAGGGAGCAACCCUCCUCUCCCGGAACAACCUCUCCGGAGGCUACCGGCUAACCCACACCAUUGACGACAAUGGUAGUUGGACGUUCUGCCGGGACAAUUGUGGGAGCAGAAGCCAAAUUGAACAACGUGCUCCUCCCGGGCGGAGCAGCGGCAAAGACGGGAUCCACGACUAAGCUACGUGCUCCACUUCCGUUC